GGCGUGGAAAGCUCACGCGUAGUAGAUCGUGGUUUUGAAAGGGGAUUAACGUGCAUUUUUAUCCAUGCUAUUCGCCUCAAAACGUUGUUUUGUUUCCGCGAGGUGACCAGCUAAUCAUGGCAUCCAAGAUGGCUACUUCGGUCAAUGAACGCUUACUGCAAUUAGACUCGAUUGAAAAAGAAGUUUCAACGAUUCUUUUGAACGCAGGACAAGCAAUUCAAGAGCUCUCAAAGGAGAAACCAAAUGAGGCGAAUUUAGAACUUUACACACAGAAGUUUUUAAAGUCCUUGGAAACAGUAGAAGGUGGCCUGACAAAACAGAUAAACUAUUUAUCCCAGGUUUCCACUGGACAUCCACAUGAGGGAUCUAGUUAUUCAGCACAGAAAGAAGCAAGAAUGGCAUUACACAGACUUGAACAUGCUCGCAUGAAAUUAAAUGAAUUGAGUAAAACCUGUACAGGUCAACCAUGAUUUGCUCACUGGACUACUCUAUGGAUUAUUGUAAUUGGCUAUCCGCUCCGCUAGGAUUGCCCUUAUAAUCACUUUUGUUGGCGAUCCGCUCCGCUAGGAUUGCCCUUAUAAUCACUUUUGUCGAUUUGUGUGUCUGUGUGUGUACAUUUCCAGUGUUUUCACGUAUGAUUUCU